AUGGCCGCUAAACUCAUUCUCUUCGUCUGCGCCAUCGCCCUCGUGGCUCAGUCCGCUUUAGGCAUUGGUUGUGGUUGCGGUUAUGGAGGUCGUGGCUACGGCGGUCUGGGCUAUGGUGGUUUGGGCUAUGAUGGUCUGGGCUACGGGGGUCUUGGAGGUGGAUGCGGACGUGGUUUCAGCGGUGGUGGUCUCCCUGUAGCUACUGCCUCUGCUGCUCCCACUGGUCUGGGUGUAGCUUCCGAGAACAGAUACGAGGGUACCGUCGGUGUCUGCGGUAACCUGCCUUUCCUUGGUACUGCUGAUAUCGCUGGUGAGUUCCCCACUUACGGUUUCGGUGAAAUCGACUACGGUUGCGGUGAUGGCGCCGUCGGCAUCACCGCUGAGAGAGGCAUCGGCUACGCUGGUGGUCUCGGCUAUGGCGCUGGAUACGGUCUCGGCUAUGGAGGCUACGCCGGAACCGGAUAUGGAUGUGGAUGUGGUGGAAGAAUCUACUAA